UCGCUUCCUGAUUUUGUAGGCAAAGAGACUGCUCAAGAAAGUUUCAACGAAAGACACCUCAGGAGAGUGCUUGUGUCAUGGCUCUCGUUACCGUGCAGGUCACCUCUCUUGAGGAAAAUGAGAUCCCCAACUCUGUCCAGGAUGCAGAAAGGAACAGACGACGACGAAUGCAAAGGCGGCAGAGUUUUGUUAUGGUGAAGGGGGCAGCCCUACUGCUACAGGAUGAUGGGGAGACUGAGGAGAAAACCGAGCCCUCUCCUACCUCUGGCCCCAGCGAGCAGCAACUACACCUGCAAGCCAUGCUGCAGUUACUGCGAGAGGAGGACAUAUUAAAAUUGGCUGUACGGCUGGAGCCCAUCCGUUUAUGUCUUACGCGUUAUCUUCUGGUGGUUUCCUCCAUGGAAGGAUCAAACGAGGAAGAAAUCAUUCUUUUAGGCGUGGACUUCCCCCAUGAUGGAUCCACAAAUUGUACAAUUGGCACAGUUCUACCAGUGUGGAGCAACACUCAGGUCUUCCUGGAUGGAGAUGGAGGAUUUAGCGUCACAUCAGGAAUGGAGGUCAGGGCAUUCAAACCUAUAUCUGUACAAACUAUGUGGUCCUUGUUGCAGAUGCUCCAUAAAGCUUGUGAAGGAGCCACAUCUAGCAGUCAAUACUCUGGGUUAGCUUACUAUCAAGAUCACCGUGAAUCACCCCAGGCUUGUAUUCAUGCAUGGCUGACAACUUCUGACAUCAUCUCUACCCAAAGGGAUCCUGUUGUACCAGAAAGAGAAGAGACAGAGAGAAUCAUAAGGAAAAAACUGAGGGACAUCUUAAGGGAGAGUGACCUGGAAAGCAUUACAUCAAAGCAGGUCCGAAGCACUCUAGAGCAGCACACACACUGCGAACUACAGGAUUACACAGAAUUCAUAGACAAUGAGAUGAUUAUGAUCCUUGCGCAAAUGGACAGACCGUCAGAGAUUUUUCCGUAUCUCUACUUGGGGUCUGAAUGGAAUGCAUCUAAUCUGGAAGAACUUCAGAAGAACAAGGUUAGCCAUAUUUUGAAUGUUACUCGUGAGAUUGAUAACUUUUUCCCUGCGAUUUUCACAUAUUUAAAUAUUCGAGUACCGGAUGAGGAGAGUACAAACCUCCUGCAGCACUGGAAGGAGACACAUCGCUUUAUCUGCUCUGCUAGACGUCAGGGCACCCGUGUUCUAGUUCACUGUAAAAUGGGAGUUUCGCGUUCGGCAUCCACUGUGAUUGCUUACGCCAUGAAGGAAUAUGAAUGGACUUUGGAAGAAACUCUAAAGUAUGUAAAGGAAAGAAGAGCUAUUGUCCAACCCAAUCCUGGAUUCAUGAGGCAACUCAAUAUUUACCAGGGUAUCCUUGGAGCAAGUAAACAACGCCACAGUUACCUUUGGGAUCCUAGCUCCACCCCACCGGCCCCUAAGAUUCUCAGUCCUCUUGAGACAUUCCACAAACCCAUUGUGUCCACUUUCACCAAAAACAAGAAUAAGAUGAACCUGCGUACUCUCAUGCGCUCUAUUAGUGUGAUGGAGACCACUGAGUAUCUCAAAGAGCAGGAAGAAAGCUCCUCUGACAAUGAGAAUAUUGAAAGCAUCUCAGAAAGCAUGGAGAGCUUUUCAGAAAGCAUCUCUGAGAGUAUGGAAAGUAUUUCAGAGAGUAUGGAUAGCCUUCCAGAGAUUGUAGGAAAUGUCUCUGAGAGCAUUUUAGAGAAUACGGAAAGCAUCACGGAUAGGCAUGUGGAUAUGGAAGGGCAAAGCAACGAAAAGUCAGAAGAAGGGAAGAAUGAGAGUAUCUCGGAGGAUAGUAGAAUAAGUUCCACAGCAAUUAAAGAAGCUAUGCAAACGGAAGAGUCAGUGGAGGCUGACACAAAAAGCAUAAUGGAGGACACCAAAGAGUGUGCUGAUGUACAGAAAAGCUCUUCUGUAGAUGAGGUAUUUGGAAGUUGUCCUAAUUCCCCUCAGUCUUACAGUCCUAGCUCCUCGAGUCAUCUGGGAUUACAGUGCAGACUAAAACACCUUUUUCCACAUUCUGCGGAGACAAAUCAAGGAAAAUGUGCCACCAAAUCUCAGUCUGUGUCUGAUCUUGAGGGGGCCGCAAUUGUGUCCAGGAUACUGCAUGGAGACGAGAUGGGAGGGCGCAAAGGCCGAAUUACAAGGCAGAGUAAUGUAGCGGAAACAACCGAAGAGCUUUGAGGCAGGAACUGAUGGUGGUUUUAUAGGGGAAGGACAUACUGAUGGGAAGAGAGAUUUAUUUUAUUUUUGUAUAAUUGUUAUUGCUUUUAUUUCCAGUUAUCACAAUGCAUCACAUUGUGCAGGUAAAGAAAGUACCAGGUCACAUACUCAGGGACUUAUGCCAAAGAAUAUUCACCUAUAAGUUUUUUUUAUGUAUUGCUGCUGUCAGUUUUUUCUUUUUUAAUUGUACACAUAAUAAAAUAUAGGACACACAGUGUUCAUCAUUUUGCAUUAAAUGAUAAAAGGUUUAACAAAAUAUGAGACAUUAUAAUAAACAUGGCAACCAUUCUAUGCAAUUCAGCAAAUACAUAAGUUGUUAUCACAGAAUGUUUAGAGAAUCGAGCAGUGAACUCAACAUUUUUGUCUGUUCACCCCCGUUGUUUAGUAUGUUUAGGGAAAUAUAAUGCAUUGUUUGGAGAAAUAAAUAUAUUUUGUUUUUAUCUUUU